UCAUCUAACCUCUGUCCCACUUUCUCCUCGGGACUGAUCUGGACCUGGCUGCAGGAUGUCUCGGGCUGCGGACAGACUCAAACUGCUGAUCCAUCAUCUGGAUCGACCACAAGCUGCGAUCCGUGCAGCACCGACCUCGGCUCAAACCUUCACCCACAGCAGCCAGCCACACAGACUGAGAUACACCUUAGAGACGGACCUGCUGAGCCCAGAGCAGCGACUCUUCUAUGAGGAAAAUGGCUUCAUCCUCAUCAAGAACCUGGUGUCGGAGGAGGACAUCGACAAGUUCAGGAUGGAGUUUGAACGCAUCUGUCGACAGAGUGUGAAAGUUCCCGGCUUGGUGGUGAUGAAGGAUGUGGCAAUCGUCAAGUCAGAGUUCCUCCAGGAUCAGAGGGCCGUCUCCAAACUCCAGGACUUCACAGAGGAUCCCGAGCUGUUCCGGUACUGCAACUUACCACAGAUCCUGAAGCAUGUGGAGUGUUUCACUGGACCAAACAUCAUGGCCAUGCACACCAUGCUGAUCAACAAACCUCCUGAUGCAGGUAAGAAGACGUCCCGUCACCCGAUGCAUCAGGAUCUGCACUACUUCCCGUUCCGACCGGCCGACCAGAUUGUCUGCUCUUGGACGGCGAUGGAGAAAGUGAACAGGCAGAACGGCUGCUUGGUCGUCCUGCCAGGAACUCACAUGGGCACGCUGAAGGAGCACGACUACCCCGAGUGGGAGGGUGGGGUGAACAAGAUGUAUCACGGUGUACGAGGCUAUGACUCCCAGCACCAGAGGGUGCACCUGGAGAUGGAGAAGGGUGACACCGUCUUCUUCCACCCGCUGCUCAUCCAUGGCUCCGGCAUGAAUCAGACCCAGGGCUUCCGCAAGGCCAUCUCCUGUCACUACGCCAGCGCUGAGUGUUAUUACAUCGACGUGAAAGGAACCACACAGGAAAACAUAGAAAAGGAGGUGAAGGAGAUUGCGUCCAGGAAGUAUGCUGUGGACGAAAUCUCAUUCAAGGAUACCUGGGCUUUCAGAGGUCGUCUGGUGCAGGGAGAGAGGAUUUCACUGUGAGGACGCCAUUAAUCAGAAGACGGAAGAUGACAGCAGAAUGACCAGUCACUGAGCUGAGAGGAGAGUAGGUUAAUAUAGUGCUGAGCUUCUUAAAGUAAAACCCCUAAAUUCCUUUUGCAGAGGAGGAAUUAAGACUACUUACUGUACAAUUUAAUCAUGCUCAGAAGAGUUGGGAGAUUUAUUCUGGAAAAGGUUAUGUGGUCCUAACAGAAAAUAUAAAGACAGGGAAUCAGAUUUAAAGGAAAUAUAUACAAUUUACCUCUUCAGAGUUCGCAGCACAAAAUAAAGCUAAAUUAGCAAUUUAAAAAAACCAGACCUGUUUGGAACAAUGGAAAAAGCUGUAAUUCACCAAAAUCUUCAAAGAAAGGGAUGUUAAGUGAGAAGAAAUAGGCCUGAGAAAGACUAGUGGUACGUUGCUUUGAUGGGAAAAAUGAGAAUUGCUGACUGGCUGAUUAAAUCACUAACAUGGGUUAUGAUAUAUCUCUAAGAACUGAUAAGCAGAACUGAAAUUCAACUUGGGAUUUGGUUCAGAGUUUAGGAUCUCGACCCCAGCCUUGACCGUUUAAAGUGCCUUAUAAACGUAUCACUGUGUAAAUCGUCUUGUUUCUGUUGAUUGAUAAGUGUUUGUCAACGAGUGAGUGGGUUUUAAUAUUGUUUGUAUGAUAAUUAUAAAGUUUUAAUAGGAUUAAUAAUAAAAAAUUGCUGCUAUAA